GUGCCAUCUUCUCAUUAACAAGUAGAGAAGAUAUAAAAUAAUCGUCUAUAUUUUUCACUGUCAUCUAGUCUGUUCAGUAAUCUUAUAUUUGAUUAUUUUUGCACAAAGUCAGAGAAUAUCCGCAUGAAUUAGCCUAUAAUUUCAAUUGAUUCACCUAUCAUAAUUUAACCCCCGCCGAUUUUGGAUUGUUUUUGACAGGCAGCAAAGUAAUCACCAGAGCGGAACAACACCCCGGUUGUUUUGUCCUGUCGGGUUUAUCGUUUUUAUAAACAAGUUUUUUUUAAAGUGUGGAAGACAGGAUGCAGAAGAGAAGAAAGCCUGAACCGAUCCAACUCAACCCUAUUCCCGAUGGAAACACUGUCAACGGCACCGGUGCCACGGAGACUAACCUAGAGGCCCUUCAGAAGAAGCUAGAGGAGUUGGAGCUUGAUGAACAGCAGCGUAAACGCCUGGAGGCCUUUCUCACCCAGAAACAGAAGGUUGGAGAGCUGAAGGAUCAUGAUAUGGAAAAGAUCUGUGAGCUGGGAGCCGGGAACGGAGGGGUUGUCUUCAAAGUUUCACACAGACCCUCAGGGCUCAUCAUGGCCAGGAAGUUGAUCCACCUGGAGAUCAAGCCGGCCAUCAGGAACCAGAUCAUCAGAGAGCUGCAGGUUCUGCAUGAGUGUAACUCCCCCUACAUUGUGGGCUUCUACGGGGCCUUCUACAGCGAUGGAGAGAUCAGCAUCUGUAUGGAACACAUGGACGGUGGUUCUCUGGAUCAGUCUCUGAAGAAAGCAGGAAAGAUACCAGAACAGAUCCUGGGGAAAGUCAGCAUCGCUGUGAUUAAAGGCCUGUCCUACCUGAGAGAGAAACACAAGAUCAUGCAUAGAGAUGUGAAGCCAUCUAACAUCCUGGUUAACUCCCGUGGUGAGAUCAAGCUGUGUGACUUUGGAGUGAGCGGUCAGCUCAUCGACUCCAUGGCCAACUCCUUUGUGGGAACCCGCUCCUACAUGUCUCCGGAGCGUCUCCAGGGAACUCACUACUCUGUCCAGUCUGAUAUCUGGAGUAUGGGUCUCUCUCUGGUUGAGAUGGCUGUCGGACGCUUUCCAAUCCCUCCCCCCGACGCCUGCGAACUGGAAAUUAUCUUCGGGUUCCCGAUGGAAGGGGACGCCUGUUCUAGUGACACCACCUCUCCCAAGCCCGGACAACCAGGCAGCUCCUGUGGGCCAGACAGCAGACCUCCUAUGGCUAUCUUUGAACUGCUGGACUACAUAGUUAAUGAGCCUCCUCCUAAGCUGCCUGGUAUUUUCGGCGUUGAAUUUCAAGACUUUGUGAAUAAAUGUUUGAUCAAGAACCCAGCAGACAGGGCAGACCUGAAGCAGUUGAUGGUUCAUCAAUUCAUCAAACAGUCGGAGACAGAGGAGGUGGACUUUGCAGGCUGGCUGUGUAGCACCAUUGGACUCAACCAGCCAGUCACCCCAACACACAGUGUGGGCAUGUGACGGCCCUUCUAUACACCUUGGAUACGUCCCAAUUAGCUCUCCUUCCGACCAAAGUGUGCACUUGUUCACUUCCCUUUCAAUCCAAUUUUCUUGGGGAAGCAGCGAACAAGUGUACACUUAAGGAGAUAUUGGGACACACACCUGCUUAGCCAAACACUCAUAGCCUGUAUUCAAACAGAAUUGCUUUGUUUCAUCGGGGUGGUAUUCACAAUGAACCAAACAGGAAGGGAGCAACCUGCCUUUAAGAAAUGUCUGCCACUCUAACCACCACCUCUAAAUUGGGUUCUCCUCUAUGACUAGGUAGGUCUGCUGCUUUAAGGACAAUAUGUAGGUCUGCUGCUUUAAGGACAAUAUGUAGGUCUGCUGCUUUAAGGACAAUAUGUAGGUCUGCUGUUUUAAGGACAAUAUGUAGGUCUGCUGUUUUAAUAAAGACAAUAUGUAAGCUUGGGAAA